AUGGCCGAAAACGCGGCCCCAGGAAGCGCAAACAACGCGGGCGCAGACAGCUCGCGCGGCAUGCCCUACUACGAGAGGCUACGACGCGACCUACGCGAAUCGCUGAACAAGAAGCGCCUGAUCGAUAACAACCUGCUACAACUCGAAGAUAAUAUCUUGCGAGUCGAGACACAGUAUCUCGAAGAGACGAGCGCCGGGAACAUCAUCAAGGGCUUCGAUAACUAUAUCAAGGGCGCAGCAACCACCACGACAGCAGGGGGAGCAGGUACUGCCACCAGGCGCAAGGCUCCCAUCAGUGAUGCGGACCGCAUCUUCAGCCGGAGCUCUACAAGCUUCUUGAGGGAAUCGUCGACGCCGGGCUCUGCGACGCCAUCGCACGCCCCUACGCCAACUUCUUCCUUCCCUACGCGCGAGUCGAGUCAACCUACGAACGGCGCGAGACCAGGAGGCAGUAAGAAGAAGAAGGCAGCCGACGAUGAUGACGAGGAUAGCAACAAGACGAAGCGACAGAAGAUCUCCUACGGCCGCGAGUGA